AUGCUCUGUUUGAAAGGCUUCGGGGCACGCUGCUGCAGGCCCCGACAGCCCCUGAGGGGCUGGUGGAGGGUGUGGUCUCCGGCUGGGGCCGGGGCGGGUGCGGCGCGCGGCUACUGGCGGUCCGCGGAGCACGGGCUCGUGGCCUCCACCUGGGACCUGGACCAUCACUUCGUGCAUCGCAGCCUCAUUCCCACCCUGCACUUCCAGCCGAGCCUUCCCAGAUUACCAAUUCCAGAGUUGGAACAUUCCAUCAAGCGAUAUCUGGCUGCUCAGAAACCUCUACUGGGAGAUGAUGAGUACAGAAAAACUGAAAAACUUGCAAUGGCUUUUAAAAAUGGAGUUGGAAAAGAGUUACAAAGAAAUCUCGUUGAGCUUGAUAAAAAGAACAUUCAUACAAGCUACAUAUCAGGUCCAUGGCUUGAUAUGUAUCUUUCUUCAAGAGACCCUCUUGCUUUAAACUUUAAUCCUUUCAUUACAUUUAAACGAGAUCCACAAGAAUCAUAUAACAAUCAACUUGUGAGAGCAACAAAUCUGACUGUAUCAGCAAUAAAAUUUCGUAACUCUCUGAGGAGCCAUAUCUUAGAGCCAGACAUUUAUUAUGUCAACCCCGAAUGGAACAAGAGUAAGGCCUUUAAAAGGUUUCUAAGCUUUCUUCCAACUUCAGUGUCUUGGUAUGGAGCAUAUUUUGCAGAAGCUUAUCCUUUAGACAUGUCCCAGUAUGUUUAUCUCUUUAACAGUUCGAGAAUUCCUAAACAAGGUAAAGACGAACUGUUUUCAGAUCAUGGUGCACGCCAUUUGCUGGUGAUGAGAAAUGGACAUUUUUAUGUAUUUGACAUAUUGGAUCCUAUUGGAAAUAUUCUACAUCCAUAUGAAAUACAAGCACAUUUAAUUAAUAUUUUACAGGAUGGGGAAACAAUAGCUGAGUAUCCUCUAGGCUACCUAACCACAGAAAACAGGAAUACAUGGGCAGCAGUAAGAGAACAGCUUCUGCAAGCUGGGAACGAAGAAAGCAUGUACAAAAUUGAUAGUGCAAUAUUCUGCUUAUGUUUAGAUAGUUUUAGCAUACAGGACAGUUCCCACUUAUCACACUGUAUGCUUCAUGGAGACGGUUAUAAUCGUUGGUUUGACAAAUCUUUCAGUUUAAUUAUCACUGGUGAUGGGAGUGCCGGGAUAAAUUUUGAACAUUCUUGGGGAGAUGGAGUUGCAGUUCUCCGUUUUAUUAAUGAAGUAUAUACAGACAGUACAAAGCAUCCAGCAGUUGUGCCAAGAAGUACUGCUGCUGUAUUAUGUUCUACAAAUGUAGAAAAACUGGAAUUUCGUUUGAAUGAAUCAAUUCAGUCAGCUGUGACUCUUGCACGUCACAAAUUUGACAAGCAAAGGCACAGAAUGACAGUGAAACCAUUUGAGUUUAGAAAGUUUGGGAAACGAUAUGUAAUUCAAGAAAGAAUGAGUCCAGAUGCUAUAUUUCAACUUGCAUGUCAGGUUGCUGCUUAUCGUCACUUUGGAAAAAUGGUUCCUACAUAUGAAGCAUGUAGUACUGCUGGUUUUAAACAUGGUCGCACAGAAACUAUUCGAUCUACAACAAUUUACACAAAACGAUGUGCUCAGGCUUUUACCACAGACCGGAAGAAGUACAAUGCAAAAGAGCUGAGAAAGCUAAUUGAGAGCUGUUCAAAAUACCACAAGUUUCUACAGAUGGAAGCUGCACUAGGACAAGGAUUUGACCGACAUUUAUUUGCAUUGAGGUAUCUUGCAGAAUGCAGAGGUGACCUUAUGCCUGAAUUUUUCCAGGACCCAGCCUACCAAUACAUUAACCAUAACAUCCUUUCAACCAGUACAUUAAGUAGUCCUUCAGUUUUCCUUGGUGGGUUUGGACCAGUUGUACCAGAUGGCUUUGGAAUUGGAUAUAAUAUCUAUGACUACUGGUUUGGCUGUAACAUUACUUCAUAUUUAGAAAAAGAUUUGGAUGAUUUUCUAUUAGGACUUGAAGGUAGUUUAAAUGAUUUUUUUGAUGUUUUUGAAGGGAGGUCACUUAAAUAA